UGGUGCAAUUGCGAAGUCUGUGCAGUGAGUCUUCUGCGUCUAUGCUGGAAUUUUUGGCGCCACGGCCAAGCGUAGAAUUUUGGUGCAGGAAUUUUUCAGCAUUUCUGAGGUUCUACUGUGCGAGAUUUUAAGUUAUGCGUCAUUUUUCUGAGCGAUCGUUUGUAGACACUAAAUUUUUCAGUAUGAUAUGACUUUGAAAAUUUGUUGUGUAUCGUUUAAACAAACAGUCCUGAAAGGAAUUCCUUGUUCUUGAACUCGUCCCAUGAAAUCGAAAGUGCGCUGCUUCGUUGUUUGUUUUUCGGUUAAUUUUCCACGUGUUUUGCAAAAAUGAAGAAAAAGGAGUAUUGCUUGCAAUCUGCUAUGCAAUUUCGAGAACACAUUCGAAUCGUCAAUCGUUUCAAUAACAAUCUGAAAUGAAACAAUGUUUGUUGUUGACUGUUGAUUGUUGUUUACACUGCAAAGCGAUCAGGUGUUUGAUAGCGGAAGCUGUAACAGUAUUUAUAAUCAAUAGUUACAAGAGGGAUCAUGAUAAAAGUUUGUGUUACAAAUCAUUUAAUGAAAAGUUAUUCAUAAUUUAAAUGAAAUGGCAUACCAUUUCUCUGUUUAACUUUAUUUCUUCUGCGAAUGACAUGUGAACAUUAUUCUGCAACAGUAAAAUUACUGUGAUAGAUGAGUUCACUGAGAUUUUAAAGAUAUAAUUUGUGUUUUAAAAUGCAAUUUAAUUUUUAAUUCUAGAAGACAUAGAAUAUUUGACAAACUGUAAGAAGUUCUUUUUUAGCGCGGGGAUUGAAUGUAAUUUCAGUCACAUUGGUGAAGUGGUUUGAAACAUUGAUAAAACUUGGAAAAAUAUUUGUAAAAGUGUAAAUUUUACUCAAUUGACAUUUGGAGAAAAAAGCCAAAUUAUCAGGAAGUGGUUUCUUUUGGCAAUGACGGACCCCACCGAAUUGGCUCGCUACGGACCUUUGGAUCGUCUCAGUGUAGCCUCAUCCGUGAGGUCUUCCCUUCCAUCCUUGAUGGGAGAGGGGGAGGAAGGGGGCGGAGAAGACACCUGGACCCAAGGGGUCGGUUGUGGUCUUCUCAUCAACGAUCUGAAAGAAGAGGAAAUAAACUGGAAAAAGCGCUAUGAAGAACUGGAAAUCGUGAUGGUGAAGUUUCGGGUUGAAGCUGCUAAAGUUCAGGAUGUGUUGCAAAAGAAGUUAACUGAGUUGCAAAGCAAAGUUCGUAAUGCGGAAAGGAAAGCCGAAGAAGCUGAAAGGAAGGCUCAGGUGAUGGAGAAAAAAUUUUCUGAAAUAAAAAAUAGUGCUUCGUCAUCUGUUCCAUGUACUUGCAAUAAAACAUUUUUUUCUAAAAAUAAUUAUGAAUGCUCCAACAGUAAAUGUGUGAUAUCUGCACUAGAACAACAAGUGGAAGAACAGAGGAGAUUGCGGAUUUUGGAUGCAAAGCAAGUUGAAGACAAGGCUGCUAAGAUCAAAGAAUGGGUUACAAAUAAAUUGAAAGAGCUUGAAGAACAGAAUCAACAUUUAAGAGAACAAAAUCAGAAAUGUAAUGUACAAUUAGAAUUGCUGAAAAGUCGUUUGACUAACUUAUCCGAGUUGAGCCCAAAUCCUAAUCAUAAAAACAUAAGAGAUCGUGGAAGCACAGAGCAGGAUUCCUCUCGCGGAAGUUUUGAAGAGCACGGUGAUUCGGAUGACAGCUUGCCUCCUCCAGAAGUUCUUGAAUAUUCAUCACAAUCAACAAUGCAGCAUACAUGUAGAGAACAUUCGCUUAGUGGAACUGAUGGUUUGUGUUAUCAUUGCUCAUCGCUUGUACCUCAAGAAACUGAACAAAAAGUCUCUUCACCUAACUCACUUUAUGCAUCUGUUGAUUAUUCGUCCAAAAAGAAUCAAACUUUCACAAACCAAGCUGUAACUGAACCUCCAAAACUUAAACUUGAAAGAAAAAAAUAUGCACUUGAUGGAUGUUUUACACCAUCAACUCUCAGUACUACUUCUGAUCAAAGAUAUUCAGAUGUUGAUUGUUUAUCUUGGAAUAGAGGAUCUUCUCGAAUUGACUCAGGAUCAGCUGAUAUAGAUACUCCUAAUAGUGUUCUGAGUCCUGAUGAACCAAUUUCGUCGAUUGUAUCCCAUAAUGCUGGUCAUGAUAUUGGGAUGUAUAGCCAAAGGCAGUCCUUUCCAGGUUCUGAACAACAGGCUCUUUCUGAUCAGAAUCUGCAGUCACUAAAUGAAGAACUUGGUACUGGACAUCAAGAUUAUUCUCAGAAAAAUAUUUUAGGAAAUCGACCCUUAACUGCUCCAAGUAUUGCUUCUAACUUGGAUACUACCGAUUGUUUUGACUGUGAUAGCCAUAAACGAAUGCCUGAUAAAAGUGGUCUAACUCUUGAUGAAUUAUCAUGCUCUCUGAGCAAUUACAAAGAUAAUUCUUGCAGUCAAGAUGAGCUUCAUGAUUAUGCUGAAAUAUAUACUCCAAACAAAGAUUGCUCUGAUUUUUAUACUGACAAUGAUGAAUGUGAAUCCGUCAUUACAGAUGAUUUAGCAAACAAUACUGGUAAGCCUCCAACGCCACCUUUGCAUCGUUUUCCAUCAUGGGAAUCAAGAAUUUAUGAUGUAGCAAACAAUGGAAUAAAUGUAUCAUCAGAUAUUUCUCCAGUGCCUGCAAAUGAUUCGUCCAACAACAAUCAAAGCAAAACUUCGAAUGAUGUCAAUUCUUCUAAUAAUACUUUUACAGAGCUGAAUAUUCCUGUUUAUGCUACUGUAAAAGGGAGAGCUUCUCAGAUCAGAUCUGUACCUUUCACUGGAGACUCAUCUGAUUCUUCUGACAAUGAAGAUGCAAGAGUAACCAUGACCACAACGUCAUCUCAAACUACUAGUGGAGACACAGAAUCUUCAGCAUCGCUUGGUGCAGGUGCUCAUGAUAGUAGUCCCACAGACAAAAAAUUAUUUCUUAAUCACAGAAUAUCUUCCAAUCCCACUCCCCCUCCUUAUAAUUCACCUUCUGCUUUAUCAAAAUGUCAUGGUUCUUCUGCUUCUCCUAUGAAGAUUGUCCGUAGAGAAAUGUCAAAUGAAUCUGUUUUGUCUGAUGACUAUGCUGUGCCACCAGAUGCAGUUUCCGUGGAUGUUAUUAGCAUUAAUUCGACAGAUAAUCAUUCAAGUGUUACAAAUACUCCAACUUUUAUUCGAAGAAUACUGUAUUCGGAAGAUACUCAGAAGAAGGAAGUUCUUGAGAAAAGUGGCUACCUUACAAAACUGGGAGGAAAAUUUAAAACUUGGAGAAGAAGAUGGUUUGUUCUCAAAAAUGGAAUGCUUAGCUAUUAUAAAUCUCAGACUGAUGUUAAUAGAAAACCACAGGGACAGAUUGUUUUAGACAAUGUUUGCAGAGUGAACCGUGCAGAAGGGGCUGCAACGUUUGAGAUUUCUACUGGUAAAAGAACUUACUACUUGACUGCAGACUCUAUUAGCAUGAUGGAAGAGUGGAUUAAAGUUCUUCAGAAUGUAUUGCGCCGAAAUGCAACAAAAUUACUCUUAACAAAGGAUGAUAAACCUGCUGCCGAAGGCUGGUUAACGAAGGUGAAACAUGGCCAUUCACGUCGUUGCUGGUGUGUGUUAAUCGGCAGAAUGUUUUUGUACUUCAAAACACCAAAUGACUGUAAUCCACUUGGUCAAAUUAAUAUGCGUGAUGCUAGAGUGGAAGAGGUACUUCAUGUUUCUGAUAGUGAUGAAGAAGAAAAUGAUCAUAAUAAAGUUACCAAAUCUGAAUAUACUGUUGGAAUUUUUCCUAAUCAUCAAGGACCAACAUAUUUAUUGAUGGACAGCAAACAGGAAAUGGAUUCUUGGUUGUAUCAUUUAACUGUUGUGUCAUCUGGAGAUAAUUUGGCUGGAACGCAAUAUGAGCAGUUAAUUGCAAAAUUAAUGGAGGUUAAUGGAGAGGAAAGCUGUGUUGUUUGGAAACAUCCUCUCCUUCUUUACUCAAAAGAUCCUAUCUCUCAACCUUUAACUACCUUGCCAUCUGAACAGCUUCAGCUGGAAGCAGUGAAAAUGUUCAAAUCUAUUCAGUUGUUUAUUUCUGUUCCACUGGAUACUUCUGGGAUAGAGUACCAUGUUGCUUUGGCACAAAAUUCAUUACUGCAAUGUCUUAUAUAUCCAGAACUUCAAAACGAACUUUUUUGCCAACUAAUUAAGCAAACUUCUCGACAUAGUCAUCAGAAAAUCGGCGUCCAGCAACUACUUAUUUGUGCUACACAGUCUCUGUUUUUGUGUGAUUCAUCAUCGGCAGAAAAAACAUCUUCAUCUGCUGGUAGCUCAGAAAAACCAUUACCUACCGAAAGCAAGUUGAAUCCAGCUCCAUUUGUAUUUGUACAAGCCUGGCAACUUUUAGCACUUGCAGUUUCACUUUUCGUGCCAAAGAAUAGAACUCUGUGGUACCUACGGAUGCAUUUGCAAAGGAAUGCAAAUUCCAAAUUAGAAGCUGGUAAAUAUGCCAUAUUUUGUCAAAGAGCUCUGGAACGAGCUUUGGUUAAUGGAGGACGAGAAUGCAAACCUUCUAGAAUGGAAGCUCUCAGUAUUUUAUUGAAAAAUCCAUACCAUCACUCUUUACCUCAUAGCAUACCUGUACAUUUCAUGAACGGAACUUACCAGGUUUUUGGGUUUGAUGGUUCCACAACUGUACAUGAAUUUACUCAAACUGUAAAUCGAGAAGUAGGCAUCAGAGAUUGUGAAUAUUCUGGUUUUGCUCUCUUUAGUGAUGAUCCUAUUGAAAAAGACUUAGAGCACUGUCUAUUGAAGGAAGCCAAACUUUGUGAUGUCAUUUCUCAGUGGGAGCAAGCUUUGCGUGUACAACAUUUAGGGAAAUUUGAAAAUACAAAAGUUCUCAAACUUAUGUAUAAAAACAGGCUUAUUUUAAGGCAAAACGGCAAAGCAGAGACAGAUAAAGAGAGAUUGCUUUUAGUGUAUCAAAUCAAUGAAGAAAUAAUGGAAGGAAAGUUCCCUCUGUCAAAAGAAUUAGCCAUCGAGUUGGCUGCUCUACUUGCCCAGAUUGAAUUUGGAGAUUAUUCAAAUGAUAGUUCUCGCAUUACUGAAGCUAAUUCCAAACCAAAACCUCAAAUUGUUCAAGUUAUCGAUCAAUUUUUUCCUAAAAAAUUCAGGGAUGCUGUUAAUGAUAAGAAGAUUUCAGAAUUAAUCAAAGAGAAAUGGUUGGCAUUAAAAGGGCGUAGCAAUUUGGAUUGCGUUCGUAUUUAUUUAAAUUGUGCCAGAAAAUGGUCAUUUGCAGGAGGAAAGCUAUUUCCUGCCAAGUUCAAAUCUGGAUCGCAUCAGAAUGUUUGGCUGGCCAUUGCUGAAAACUGUAUUGCAAUCUUAGAUACUUCUACUCUGCAGUGCAUUGUGCGAUAUCCUUAUUCUUCAGUAAUGACAUUUGGUGGUUGCCGAGAUGACUUCAUGCUUGUCAUCAGCUCUCAAUGCUCUUCUACAGAGAGAAAUACAUGCAGUACUGAACGCUUGCUAUUUUCGAUGACAAAACCGAAAAUACUGGAAAUUACCCUACUUAUCGCAGACUACAUGAAUGCCAUUGCACAAAAUAGUACGUCUAGAAAACGGUGCACCAGUACCAUUUUUCCUUCGCCUAGAGGUUCAUUUUCUUCAAAAUUUCGAUCUAAAGUCCGUGCCAAUACUAGUGUUUCUCAGAAUAGUAAUACUUCUGCUGGAAGUAUGCACGCUGAUUCUUCUCCAGAUCAUGGGAAAAUGGCUUUGUCCUAGUCAGUAUUUUAUAUAUAUAUAAUAUAUGAACAUUUAUUUUUAAAAGUUAAUGUACACAAAAAGCCAUCAUUGAGGACAUUCCUCUGCCAUAUUGGGGCCAAUGAUUAAAUAUAUCGAACUGAAAUAUAGUUCUUGUCAGUCACAUUGAGUAUUGAAUGUACUCGAAACAUUAAACAUAUUUAUUUAUUGUGGCUUCAUUUCAUUUGUUUCAGACUGAUAAAAUAAUUUGGUGCUAUUUCUUUUCUUUGUUCUUCUGCUAUUGUUUUUCAGUAUUGUUGUAUUUUGCGAAAACGGAUUUAUUUCAAAAUGAUGUUUGAAUAAAUCAUAUAUGCAAUAGAUAUUUCUUUAAGCAUAGGAUUUGCUUUUAUAAUUAAUCUCAUUAUUUAAAAUAUACUUUCAUAAUUAAAGAGGUAUGAAUAAUUUUUGUUUUAGCUGCAUCGAUUUUAAUAUGUGUAUAUGCAUUUCAGUGUUUUGAAAUCAUACAGUGAAAGUUUCAUUAAUAUACAUUGAAACUUUCUUCCAAAUAUUUCUCUAUAUCUAUUAAUUUAAAUAUGAAACCCCUUUUUGUAUUGUUUUUACGGUUUAUGUGUAGGACAACUGUAUGUAUGGUUAGCUGCAAGUAUAUUGUGUAAUUUGUUGAAUGUUUAAUGUAUUAGGAUAUAUAAAUUCUAAAUGUUUUUUUCCUCUGAAGUAAGGUUAUGUAAUGAAAAAGAAAUUUCCACCAGAUGAUUUUUGUGUAUUAAAAUAUAUUAUUUAGUAAAUGUAUUGGUAGUUGUUUGUUUUAGAUUGCUUGAAUAAUAACUUUGCUCGCUUUUUGUAAAUAUUCAAUUCUUGAUCUGCUUUAUUUUGUUUAUUGGGAACUGUUUUCCAAACUCUCUCCACAUGUAUCAUUGAAAUUUCAAUCAUGAAAAAUAUUCUUUGAAUGUUUUUGAAUAGUAAUAAAUAAGCAAAACUAAAUUAAAUUUAAAACGUUUGCUUCGAAAAGAAACAUGUUUAUUUUAUACUUAAGAGCAUAUUAACUUCAGAAUUCCUUGGUUUGAAACUGACAUGACUAUUAUAAUAAUCGUAUAUGACUGACUAAUAUGUUAAAUAUUAAGGAAACUCUAAAUCCAAUAGUUUUGUAAAAUUAUUAUCAUUAGUUAUUAAUUUGUAAAUCGUUUUUUCUUCCACUAGAAGAAAACAAAAUUGUUAUUAAGCAAUUUAACUCAACAAAUAACAGUUCUUUCCAUUUUAGUUCUAAAAAAGGAUCUUUUGACAUUUGACAUUCUAUUUUGUUUAUACAGGGUGUCUCAAUAACCUUGACCGCGGCUUUUAUUCCGUAAAUACUGAUCUUAGACAUAUACUGUAAAUUAAAAAGUUGCGUAAAAAAGGUGUAAAAUGUUAUGAAAUCGAUUUAAAUUUUCAGGGGAUUAAACUUCAAAAAAUACAAAAUUUAAAUUUUCAUGCGGACCCCGUACAGAAAAAUUCCCAAUGAGUAAAAUGUGCCCCAUCCUCUAAUAAGGUCAUGUAGAAAAUUUCAGCAAUUUAUCUCAAAAAGUCUCAAAGAUAUGAAACUACAUAAAUGCUGACUUAAAUCACUUUUCGAUGCCUGGAUAUGUGUUCGCAAAGAGGAAAAAUCAUGUUGGAUGUCCAUGUUUUAGGGAUCGUACACAAAUUAACAAAAAAAAAUAAUAAUUGAAUAAAUAAAUAAUAAUUUUGGUAUUUAUUGGUUCAAAAGUAUUAAAAAUUUGUAGAAAUAAUAACUUAAAGGAACGAUUACAUAAGUUUUUUUACAAGUUCAUUGACUGUGCUAUUUUUUAGCUAUAUUCUGUAAUUCAUGAUGUAAAAUUUUAAAGUAUUUUUCAGGAAGCAUAGAUUUUAAAAUUUGUAUUUAAAACUAAAGAUAUAAUGCAUAUUUUAUUUCUUUAUGAUUCAUUCCUGCGUCGCGUCAUCUGCACUGAAGCUGUAAACAUUUGCAUUUUAAUUUGUAAUUGACCCUUCACCAACUUUGUUUUUACAUAUCUUUGAGAAUUUUCAUGAUAAAAUUCUGAAAUUUUGUACAUGACCUUAUUAGAGGAUGGGGCACAUUUUAGUUCUUUCACAUUUUCUAUUUUUUAAAGUUUAAUCUUAUGAAAAUUUUAAUCGAUUUCAUAACAUUUUGCUCCUUUUUUUACUCAAAUUUGUAAUUUUCGGUAUAUGUCUGUGAUCAGUAUUUAAGGAAUAAAAACCGCGGUCAAGGUUUUUGAGACACCCUGUAUAACUUGGGGUAUUUCAACAAAAUCAAAUUAAUUACUACUGCAAGAUUUUUUUUUCUUUUACAUUUUGAAUUGUUAUUGCAAUCGAAGUAGCUGCAUUUUAAUUUUGUUAGUGUCAUACAAUGAAUUUUUUUUAGUGAAUACAAUCAUAUCUAAUUAUUAUAUUGCUUUACUCAAUUUUUAAAAUUCUAAUAAUUUAUGAAAUAGAAAGUUUAUUUAAAUUUUGAAUUGAAAAUUUAUUAAAUUCUUACACAAUUUUAUACGUUUAGUUUAAAAUGAUUAAGGAUUUAAGUACCCUUUCUUCUAUACCAUUUGAAAAGGUGUUAGUCAGACAUAAUUUUAAAUCAUCAAUUAAUUUUUUAAUGUAAUAAUAUUACAAAUGCAAUGCAUCUCGAUAAAAAUAAUUGGUAGAUAAAUCCGAUCUAGAUAUAUUAAUUUUUCCGCUUCUUAAUUUUUAUGUGUAUUUAAUUUUUUAAGUAAUUAGAUUAUCGCUGAAAUUAAUCAGAUUGAUUUUCUCCAUGUGUACUGCUUGCAUUUUCUCAAGAUUUUUAAAAAGGGAAUUUUAAAUUAUUACAUUGAAUUUAUAAUUGUACGUAUUAUAAAUAUAGGUUUUUCUUUUGGUGAAGAUCUUGAUAAAAUGAUUCUUCCAUAUUAAUGGCCGACACACUAUAGAAGUUAUUUAUUUCCGAUCAGAAUAUAAUACUAAAUGUAUGAAUAUCAAAUAAGAGGUGACUGUUUAAUUCUUUUUUCAUUUGUGAAAGUAAUAACUAUCUAUCAAAGACUACUAAGGUAUAAAUAUUUUUAUGGAUUGAAGAAGAGAUAUGUCUAAAAUUCUUAAUGUAACCUUUUUUUAGCUGUACAUAGAUAGUAGGAUGUUUAUAUGUGUAUAAUUACUUCUAUAAAAGGAUGCAUAUAUCUGUAUUCCUUCCGAGCUUUUUAUGUAAAACGGUGUGCUACUAAUUAGAAUUGUAGAGAUAUACUGUUUUAUAAAUGCUCAAAAUCAUGUUAGUAAAGUAUUUUUGUGCACAUCUGUAUUUUACAUAAGUCUUUUGUAAUAAAUUGUUCUUGAAAAUAUGUAUAUCUUCAUCUGAUAUCCAUUAGUAGGACGUACUUUGAAAAAAUAGCAGAAUUGAAAAGGAUAGAACAUGUAAUAGAAGGUAAUCUCAAUGUAAUUUUGUUUUAUGUGUUUAUAAU